CGAGACAACACUGUAACCAUAACAUUGUCAACAAGAUGGCGGCGAUCAUGUAGACCAUUUGGAAAUUGGGAUUUAAGCAAAAUCUGCAGUCCUUUUAAUAAGCUACGAACUAUUAAUCAUCAAAAUGCCAAAGAAGGGAAAGAAAGGAAAGGGGAAAAAGGGCAAGGGAAAGAAGGGAGGAAAGAAGGGAGCAAAAAAGCAAGAAUCAGUAGCUAAGUUAGCUGUAGCAAAUUCGAAAGUAUGGGAAGCCAAACUAGACAUAGCAGAGACUGCAAAAGGAGAAUACAGGGAACAUGCCAAGAAACUUAUGUUAGAGAAUGAUCAGCUUCAAAGUUCUAUGGUACAGAAUGAACAGGAAUCUAUUGAAAUAUUUACACUGCUGCAACAAAAUGAAGAGAAAAAGAAUAACCAGAUGGAGAAAAUGCAACAGUCCAUUCGUGAGGUUAAAAAAGAACACAGAAAAGAGAAAGAAAAUAUUGUGGAAGGUUUCAGUAAACAGAUAAACGAACUGGAGGAAAAAUUAGAGGAGCGAACACAGGAAGUACAUGUAAUGAGGAGCGAGCUAAAAAUGGUGACUGAUUUCCAGAAACAGAAAACAUCUAUGAUGAGGGAAUUAGACAAUAUUAAAAAUGAUAUGCAUAAUGCCAACAGAGACCAUAAAGGCACACUGGCUAGGAUGGAACAGAAAUUCUUUGAAGAAAAGAUGAGGUUACAACAAGAAGCUAAUCAAAAGAUAGCUGAGUUAGCAGAAAGAGCUCACACAGAAGCUAUUGCUAAUUUAGAUGAAACAACAAAAUCAGUGUACAAGGAGAAUGUAAGAUUAUCGGAGGCCCUGAACUAUCAUAUGAAAGAAGGAGAAGUCCUGAAGAAGAAAGUAGCCAGGUUAGAUGAAGAAAAUGAAAGUUUAAAAGGAGAUAAAGAAUUAAAUGAUAUGUUGAUUCAGGAGAAAGUUACUCAAGUUAAACAACAGAAAGAACAAAUCAGAGAGUUACAAGACAAAGUGGAAUUAUUAGAGAAAUCACUUAGUCACAUGUCUAGAGAGUUUGACACUACGAGGAAAGACAUAAUAACCAGAUCAAGAAUAGAAAACGAAGCUUCAAAAAUAGAAAUAGCUAAAUUACAACGUGUGAUUGAACUGAAAAAUAAAGAAAUGAACAAAGUGAAGCGAUUGGCUAAAAAUAUUCUGGACCAGAGGACAGAGUUAGAACGAUUCUUCUUAGAGUCAUUAGAACAAGUACGGAUGGAAAUAAAUGCUAAUCAAGCCCAAUACAGACAAGAUGCCCAGAAAGCUUACCAACAAAAAAUGUUGAACGCUUACAGUGGCAAGGGAGAUUAUCCAAGGAUUAGGACAUUCAAUAGGUCAGACCAGAGUACCAAUAAUGUGUACUCAGAUUUACAGGCUGCCGAAAAAAUGUAUGAUAUUGGUGGUAAAUGUGACGUCAGUGAUCUAACAUGGGAACAGAAAGAGAAAGUACUGCGUUAUCUGUUUGCCAGAAUGAAUGGGAGUGCCAAACCACCAAAUCUUCCUAAGGCAGCACCACUGCCUGCUAUAGAUAGAAGCCAACAACUCAGUAUCACUGGGGGACAAAUGCCUGAUGAAUCUAAAGAUGAAACAUUCCUGACACAAACUAGAAUGGAGGAAGCUGAACCAGUUGGGUCUUAAAGGGAACACAUCAUUUACUCAACAUUUAAUGACUUGUGCUUUUUAUGUACUGGAGUUAUCUGUCUUUAAUUGAAGUGAUGUAUUGAUACAAUGUUUCAAGAAUAGAACAGAGAGUGUUGAAGGUUUUUUUAUAUAAGGAAAAGAACACCUUAAUAUAAAUAGAUACUGUUUUAAAAAUCUUGUUUAUACAAAUGUUCUGCCUUUUAUCUACUUUUGUGUCAAUGUAUUAGGAUAGUAUGGAAGAUGAAUGGGAGUUGAGUGCUUGGUAAAACAAAAAUAUGUUAUGUUACUUUUUGUUUGUUCUUUUUGAGGGGAAGAGAAACAGUUACUUAAAUAUUUGCCUAACUAUGGCAAAUUAAAUUAUCUCCCCUGGUCACUGGUAUCAAAAGAUCAAAAAGUAUAUUUCCAACUAAUCCUGGAUCUUGUGACUGUUAGAUGUAGAUACUUUUGUCUUAAAGAGUACCAUAUCCUCAUGAAUACGGAAAAUAACUUAAAUGGAAUCCAAUCAGAGAUGAAAAGUUUAAAACUUUUUGGAUAUAUAUCCAACUUUCUGCAUUGGAAGGGGAUAAAGCAAAUUGUGAAUUCAUGGGUCUGUUACCUUUCGUGUGUAACUUUUUAUCAUGUUAUAUCUUUGAUAGUAUGAGAGUUGAAUGUAGAGAUGUAAUUCAGUGAAAAGGAGCAGAUUUUCUGUAAAACUGAAGAAUGAAUGAGACAGUUUUGUACCUUCUUUGUUUUAACUAAACUUUUGUAACCUUUUUUUAUCAUAACUAUUAAUUUGCCUUGGAUAGAAGAUGGCAUUGUUCCGGAUACUUUGCCUCGAGGCAUCUCUUUUACCUAUAUUUAUAAACAAGUACUUAAUGGAAGUGAAUGCCAUAUAAGUAUCGAUUUGCCCAGAAGAAUUGCUAUUGUGUACCUAUUCUUUACAUUUUAACAUUCCGUCCCUUACAAUUACCAUAGUGAUGAUGACAAUUAUGCCUUAGAUAAAUGUGAUAGUUUAUUUUAAUUUUAUCAGAUGUCUAUUUUAUUUUUGUUUUUAUGUGAAAUCUGUGAUAAACAUAUUAUAUAAAUCUG